CUUCAAGAUGAGUUGUUACAUGAAAAUAAUCUACUUCGGGGUGAUUGUAGUCACUCUGCUUCACAUCCAACUACAUCACAUGACCUCAUUGUUGAUUGUUUUAUGCCUGACUCAUUGUUUUUGCUUAUAGGUUCAGCAAUACAUCAACAAUCACAGCUCAACACUCCAUCAGAGACCUGAUUAACACCACCACACACAUACACACUCUUCUUGCCUGAGAAAGAAACACAGACCUUGACUGUAGUCAGGACUGAUUUGCUGUAAUUUCAGGCUGAUUUGUAAAAGCUGUUUAGUCCAAGAUCAGGAUUAGUGACGAGUUCAGAAUGGAGAUGAGUCAGGAAGUAUACAAAAAUGCAGGAGUUACUGCACAGAAAACAUCUCACUCAGAUGAAGGCACUUAUGAGGAUGAGUUGAACUUGGAGACUCGUGCCAUGGACAUUCCACAAUAUUCAGUCACGCACAUAUUCAUUAAUUUGUUCAUUUAUUAAUUUAUUCAUUUUCCACAUAACUUGGUAGCAAGUCAAGUCAGGAGAAUUCACCCCAGAUGGGAUAACAGUCCAUUACAGUUUAGCAAUACACAUUAUUGAAAAUAUCUUUAUACAGUGUAGUAUGAAAGUUUUACCUGCGCAACAUGUAACACCAAAGAAAAAAGUUAUUACACACCACAGAUAUUACCAUGGAGAAGUACUUCUUACUUUGCUGUUAAAAAGGAGGAAGGAGAGGGAGAGAGGAAGAGAAAGACAAUACUUUAGUCUCAUAGUUUCAUCAGCAGAUUUUUCUUCAGUUGAUUGUCUCCAUGACUCAUUCAGUCUAUUUAAUUAUCUGUGUCAAGGUCACAGCUGUAAACUUCCUCUGGAAAAGGUCAUCUGCCAGAUGUUGUGAAUGUAAAAGUAAAGUUGACUUUUAAAAGUCCAAAUGUCAACAACAUGUACUGCCUCUAAUUCCAGCAAACUCCGGCCUGUACGGCUUGUCCGCAAGUCUGCAGUUAUGUCUGAAGAUUGAAUAACAAUGUGCAAAAUUCUGCUUUUAACUCCUCACUCAAAUGUGUGUCUGUGUCCGUUAUCUUCCAUAGGAUCCAAUGCUGCAUGGAGCAGAUGGUACAGACUGACUGUAGUGUGUGUGAUGCUGCUGUGCGUUCUCCUGCUGAGUGCCGUCACGGUGCUGUCGAUCAAAUUCAACAACCUGAAGACAAAAAACAACCAGCUGCAGACCAGUUACACCAAUCUGACUACAGAGAGAGACCAGUUACACCAAUCUGACUACAGGAAGAGAGACCAGUUACACCAAUCUGACUACAGGGAGAGAGACCAGUUACUGUGGGAGAAAUUUGGACUAUAUAGUGUACUUCAUAGACUUGGAUGGAGAGUUUUCGGAUCGAGCAUUUACUACAUUUCUACUGAAAGGAAGAACUGGACUGAGAGCAGACAGGACUGCACAGAUUGAGGAUCAGACCUGGUGAUCAUAAACAGUUGUAAAGAGUCUGUAUCUGUACGAUUGUGGCAGCAGUGCAAUGCCACAUGGUUGGCUAAAAAGAUGAAUGUGCAGGGCUUCAUCAGGAAAUACUUUGGCAGUACUGAAGCUUGGAUUGGUCUGACUGACAGUAAGAGAGAGGGAGAUUUUAAAUGGGUAGAUGGUUCACCACUGACCACUCAAUUCUGGUUGCCUGGAGAACCCACUAAUGCUGGAAUUGGAGAGGACUGUGUUAUAACAAGCUUUAGAGCUGCUAAAUCUACCCUGUCGACCUGGGUUGAUUAUCCCUGUGACCUUAGAUGUAGCUUGGAUUUGUGAGAUGAAGAUAUUCUCAUCUCAGGUGGCUGAUACAGCUGUUGCAGAAGCCAUGUAUCAGUUGUUUCAAUUGCAUUGACUGAAGGUGUGUAACUCCCCAAAAGUUUGUUUGUUUUUUAAGUCUGGGUGUCAACAGUGGUUAAAUUGAUGUGUUUUUGAUGAA